GUGCGGAUGGGGGAGCCGGACUCACCCAGGAGCCCUGACUUCUGGAUGGGGGCUGGGGAAGGUUGGCCCUGGGCUUGCCUUUUACCUAUUUGGCCCCUCGGAUGUUCCCGCAGAGCACUGGGUUAGAGACGGAUGAGUCCCAUAGGGUACAGACAGCGCCCCACUUCCACCCCAGGGCGCAGAGGGAGCCCCGGUUUCAGCCCCUGCCCCACUUCAAGAAAGACUAACGAGGGGGCUCUGGGGUUAGGGCUGCUGAGAGGGUGGCAGCGGGUGUGUCUGAGGAGCAGGAGGCUGGGGGAGCUGACCCUACAUGGGAAGAGGCUGCUGUUGCCUGGGCGGCUGGCAUCAGGCCCCCAGUGUGUGCCAUUUGCUGGUAAAAUAAGGAGACCAGCCCAGUGUGUGCCAUUUGCUGGUAAAAUAAGGAGACCAGCGUCUGUCUUAUUCGAUCGUCAUUGUUUGUAGGGCAGGGCGUGGAAAGAGGGGCGUGUUUGAACCGUGGUUCUCAACCGGGGGCGACUUUGCCUGCCAUGGGAUAUGUGGCAAUGCUCGAGUCAUUUUGGGUGUCACACAUUUGGGAGGGGAAGUGAGUGUUGUUACUGGCAGAUAGUGGGUGGAGGCAGGGAUGCCACCAGGCAUCUUUCAGUGCACAGGGCAGCCUCCACCAUGGGGAAUUAUCCAGCCCAGGGCUCUGUGCUGUGCUGAGGCGGAGAACCCUGGGCAGCACCUGCUUGGUCAGGUGCCUUCUCAAUGGUUCGCCCUCAGUGAAACUACCUGUUUCCCCAGCGGUUAGGGGAGGAACUUGGAAGAAACCUAAAUGAGAUAGGGCGGCAUAAGGGCAGUUCUUCACCUCGAAAGAGUCCUUUGGUGCCAUGAGCCACCGCCUUACCCAUCUCCACUGGCCCUGCAGGAAGCUGCAGGAUGCUGUGGGUGGGGGGAGGAUUGGGAGCAGAGGCCCCCUCGCAGCCUGGGUCUGGAGUGCUUAACCCCAGGGCAGUCUCCCAGGUAGGCUGGGCCAAGGCAGUCCUUGAGCUCAAAUAUCCCUGCACUGGGAGGGCGGGCAGAGGGUGAACUCUGUUCCCAUCGAUUUUUCCAAAGCUGGAUUGCCGAGGCUGGCAUGGGUGCCUGAUACCAUGUGACCUGCUGGAAUUUUCCCUUCUGAACCGACACCUAACUCCUCUGAUUAUUUACGCCUUUUGAAAGUGACAUGAAGGAGCAUCAGAGCUCCUAAUUCAUGGGGGCUUCCCUGGUUCCUUUCUCCUGAAAUAAAGAGGGAAUCCUGGGUUAGCCGACGAGCCCUGGAGUGGGCCCAGCUUCUGGUGGGGUGGGGGCACCCCUGCCCGUGGCAUUAACCAAGCAGAGGUGAGAGAUGGGAAGCAUCAAAGCCCAAUCCAGGUGGCCUCUGGUAAGGAUGACAGAAUUGUUUGCGUUGGGCUGGAGGAAGGCACUUCCAGUCUUCUGGCAACGGGGAGGGGAGGCUGGCAUGGUGGGAGUGGAUCAGAUGAAGCAGCCAUAUGUGUGCCCAGGAGCCAGGCCACCUCGCCGCCCUCCCUCCCUGUUUCCUUGCAGUAGCCAUUACCCCCAUCCUGUUCACUUCUGGACCCAGCCUCUGCCUGGGAACCCUGGUGGAGGUUUCGAGUUUGGGUUCUUUUCAUUGGUGUUGCUGGGUUGUGUUUUGUUUUGUUUUUCUUGGUCUCUCGACUGUAAAAGCCCAAAGUGAAGCUCCCACCUUUUCAUUUGCACAAAAACAAUAACAGUGGUCCCCACUGCUGUGAGCCUCUCAAGGCACAGGGCUGAGCACCUAGACUUGUACAAAGUUGUUCAGGAAGUCGGCAGUGGAAUUCAAGUGUGAACGCGGCUGCCCACCCUCAGGCCCAGUCCAAGAGCCUCAGUGACUCCUACCUGUCUGUACCUGGUGUAAACACACACACACAGACACACACUCCCUCUCCACCCCAGAAGGGGGCCUUUUGUUCCUGGAAGGAGAGGAAUAAAUCACACAAAUGCUCUGGGUGAUGCACUUGGGGCCCGAGUCAUGCUCUGGCGUCACUAGUGUUGUUUUUCCUGUGGCCUCAGCUCUGGAUGCUGUGGCGGCUUCUUCACCAGGGUUUCUGUCCUCCUUGCUGUGUAAACUGUCCCAGACAAGGUGACAGAUGACAGCAGAAGUCCAGGAGCUGUGCACGCCUGCCUGCGAGUGUCCGAGUGGCCUGGCUGAGCCUCCUGGUGUUACCCUUUGGACCUGGUCCCCGUCUGCCGCUGGCACGGCACGGGGGAGACGUGGACCCUCCUGGCUGCCUCUCCCCCUCCGCACACCCCUCAGAUCUCUGUGCCUCGCACUUUGGAGCAGGCCUCGGUGCUGCCCCUGCUGCCCCAGGGGGUUUCCAGAGUGAGCUCACGCAUCUGACCGGCUGCACUGGCUGUCAGUUUCCUAUCCAGCUGAGCCAGGCUGGGGGAGGAGUGUUGGGGACAUCUGCCCUGCCCAAGUGCAGGCUGACCUCGGCGUUGUGGCGGCUGGGCAGGGACAGCGCUCAGGGCACGGGUGGCUUCACAGGGAAACCAAGCCUGCCUGGAAAGUCGUUUUGCCUCCCUGGGAGACCUGGAUGGGUGUAAAGGAAAGCUCAUCUUCAGGGACUUACAAAGCACCAGUGUGCCCAUAGUCCCUACUUCAGUAAAUGGAUCUGGGCACCAAGCUGGGAGUUGUUUGUGGUCCAAAUGCCGCUGGAAGGCAGUUCCAGCCCCGGUGCCCAGCUCCUCCAGGAAAGUGGUUUCAGCCAAGUGGGCAGUGCAGGAGGUGGGCCAAUCAGAGACACUGUGUGGACCAUGAGGGUCACCUUGUCACCAGCAGAAAGGAUGCAGAGGGAUUCCAAACUUCGGGAGCUGGGCCAGGGUCCAGGGGAACAGUUGUCUAUGUGUGUGACACAAGUGAGGCACAGUUGUCUGUGUGUGUGCUCAGUAGGAUGGGGUCACUUAAACAGUCCGUGCCUCAGUUUCCCCAGCUGCACAGUGGAGUCACUAACAGUAGUCUACCUGGAGGGUUGUGUGAGGUGAGGACUCCUGUGGCGAUUUGUGUUCAGACUUCAGUGCAGUGCCCGGCCGUGGCAGGAGCAGUGAGGGGAGCCAUCAUGAUAAUAGUAUUAGGGUGGCUUCAGGUAGGGGCGUGGCUGCUGGUCCAUGGCACCAGGUGCUGCGGGGAUGGCUUUUUGCCCCUGGUCUCUGGCAAGAAACCCUUUUCUCUCUCCCAGUGGGUCUCCCCAUGUUGUCAGCUCCAUGUAGCCAUAAGCAGAUCUGGAAGAGGAGGGUUGGGAUCUGCUGUGGGGUUUGGAGUGGGAACAGGAGUUUGAACCUGGGCCUAAGCCCCUUAUGACCUUGCCAGCCUGUGAGGAGGAUGACAGCUACCUCUCGCCCUCAGCCUCAACUAAAUGAGAUCACGUUUGUGGAAGUCCUUUGCCAAGCCAGGCAGUGCUGCCCAGGGAAUUAGGUGUUGUCCCUUCUUCAUGACUCAAAGGACUGCGCACAUGGGACUCACUCCAGCAUCGAAGCCACUCAGAGUCCUCACCGUUCUUUUGCCCCUGCCUCUCACCAGUGCCAGGCUGGCAGGAGGCUGCAGUGUGGGGGUUAAGACCACGGGACCCUGGCUGGGGUUGUAGCCCCACCACUCCCUAACUGUGGGGCCUUGGACAGGUGACUUCAUCUCUCUGAGCCUCAGCUUCCCCACCUGUUGAAUAGAGAUCUGUCUCCUGUGAGGCUCAUGGCUGAGAGACUGAGUGAUGGUAGCAGAGCUCAGCCAGGAAUAAAAGAUGCUUCCACCUGAGCGCCGGGUGUGUGCCAGGCACUGCACAUCCAUAUCUGCUGUGGCCCUCCCUGGCUCCGUCUAUGGUGGGGCAUCACCCCGUCUCAGCAGAGGAGGCAGGCUCCACAGCACCCACUUGCCCAAAGUCUCACAGCUGGCUGAGGCUUCACUGCGGAGUAUCUGUACAGAACGAGGAGAGGACAAGAACAUGUUCUAAAGCCUUUCACGGCAAGACCCAGGAAGAAGCUGCAGGCAAACCCAGACUUGAAGCCCUCCCGCCUCCUGCCCACCAUGGCUUCUGCUGACAAGAAUGGCGGGAGCGUGUCUUCUGUGUCCAGCAGCCGCCUGCAGAGCCGGAAGCCACCCAAUCUCUCCAUCACCAUCCCACCCCCCGAGAAAGAGACCCCGGCCCCUGGCGAGCAGGACAGCAUGUUGCCUGAGAGGCCCAAGAACCCAGCCUUCUUGAAGAGCGUCAGCCUCCAGGAGCCACGGGCCCGAUGGCAGGAGAGCUCAGAGAAGCGCCCCGGCUUCCGCCGCCAGGCCUCGCUGUCCCAGAGCAUCCGCAAGGGUGCAGCCCAGUGGUUUGGAGUCAGCGGCGACUGGGAGGGGCAGCGGCAGCAGUGGCAGCGUCGCAGCCUGCACCACUGCAGCGUGCGCUACGGCCGCCUGAAGGCCUCGUGCCAGCGGGACCUGGAGCUCCCCAGCCAGGAGGUGCCAUCCUUCCAGGGCACUGAGUCCCCAAAGCCCUGCAAGCUGCCCAAGAUUGUGGAUCCACUGGCCCGGGGCCGGGCCUUCCGCCACCCAGAGGAGGUGGACAGGCCCCACGCCCCACACCCGCCGUUGACCCCCGGAGUCCUGUCCCUCACCUCGUUCACCAGCGUCCGCUCUGGCUACUCCCAUCUGCCACGCCGCAAGAGGAUGUCUGUGGCUCACAUGAGUUUCCAAGCUGCUGCUGCCCUCAUCAAGGGGCGCUCGGUGCUCGAUGCCACCGGACAGCGGUGCCGGGUGAUCAAGCGCAGCUUUGCCUUCCCGAGCUUCCUGGAGGAGGAUGUGGUUGAUGGGGCAGACACAUUUGACUCCUCGUUUUUUAGUAAGGAAGAAAUGAGCUCCAUGCCUGACGAUGUCUUUGAGUCCCCCCCACUCUCUGCCAGCUACUUCCGAGGGAUCCCACACUCAGCCUCCCCUGUCUCCCCUGAUGGGGUGCAAAUCCCUCUGAAGGAGUAUGGCCGAGCCCCAGUCCCUGGUCCCCGGCGCGGCAAGCGCAUCGCCUCCAAGGUGAAGCACUUUGCCUUUGAUCGGAAGAAGCGGCACUACGGCCUGGGCGUGGUGGGCAACUGGCUGAACCGUAGCUACCGCCGCAGCAUCAGCAGCACCGUGCAGCGGCAGCUGGAGAGCUUCGACAGCCACCGGCCCUACUUCACCUACUGGCUGACCUUCGUCCAUGUCAUCAUCACGCUGCUGGUGAUUUGCACGUAUGGCAUCGCACCUGUGGGCUUUGCCCAGCACAUCACCACCCAGCUGGUUCUGCGGAACAAAGGUGUGUACGAGAGCGUGAAGUACAUCCAGCAGGAGAACUUCUGGGUCGGCCCCAGCUCGAUUGACCUGAUCCACCUGGGGGCCAAGUUCUCGCCCUGCAUCCGGAAGGACAGGCAGAUCGAGCAGUUGGUGCAGCGGGAGCGAGACCUGGAGCGGGACUCAGGCUGCUGUGUCCAGAACGACCACUCAGGCUGCAUCCAGACCCAGCGGAAGGACUGCUCGGAGACUUUGGCCACUUUUGUCAAGUGGCAGGAUGACACUGGGCCCCCCAUGGACAAGUCUGAUCUGGGCCAGAAGCGGACAUCAGGGGCUGUCUGUCACCAGGACCCCAGGACCUGUGAGGAGCCAGCCUCCAGUGGUGCCCACAUCUGGCCCAAUGACAUCACCAAGUGGCCGAUUUGCACAGAGCAGGCCAAGAGCAACCACACGGGCUUCCUGCACAUAGACUGCAAGAUCAAGGGCCGCCCCUGCUGCAUUGGCACCAAGGGCAGCUGUGAGAUCACCACCCGGGAAUACUGUGAGUUCAUGCACGGCUAUUUCCACGAGGAAGCGACGCUCUGCUCCCAGGUGCACUGCUUGGACAAGGUGUGUGGGCUGCUGCCCUUCCUCAACCCAGAGGUCCCAGAUCAGUUCUAUAGGCUCUGGCUGUCUCUCUUCCUACAUGCCGGCGUGGUGCACUGCCUCGUGUCGGUGGUCUUUCAAAUGACCAUCCUGAGGGACCUGGAGAAGCUGGCCGGCUGGCACCGCAUCGCCAUCAUCUUCAUCCUCAGCGGCAUCACGGGCAACCUCGCCAGUGCCAUCUUCCUCCCAUACCGGGCGGAGGUGGGACCAGCCGGCUCACAGUUCGGCCUCCUCGCCUGCCUCUUCGUGGAGCUCUUCCAGAGCUGGCCGCUGCUGGAGCGGCCCUGGAAGGCCUUCCUCAACCUCUCGGGCAUCGUGCUCUUCCUGUUCGCCUGCGGCCUCCUGCCCUGGAUCGACAACAUCGCCCACAUCUUCGGCUUCCUCAGUGGCCUGCUGCUGGCCUUUGCCUUCCUGCCCUACAUCACCUUCGGCACCAGCGACAAGUACCGCAAGCGGGCCCUCAUCCUGGUGUCACUGCUGGCCUUUGCCGGCCUCUUCUCCGGCCUGGUGCUCUGGCUGUACAUCUACCCCUUUAACUGGCCAUGGAUCGAGCACCUCACCUGCUUCCCCUUCACCAGCCGCUUCUGCGAGAAGUACGAGCUGGACCAGGUGCUGCACUGACCCAGGUCAAGUGGCUGCGCCACGGCACUGCUGGCACGGGGGCUGCCUGCGAGGGCUGCCCACUGCUGAGUGCCCUGCGUGCCAGAGACCCAAGACACUGCCCGGGCUCAGGACUCGGGUCCCCCACUGCCAGGCGAGGCUGACUCCGUGUGAGAUGGUCGGUUAAGCCGGGUUCUUUGGAGGCGUGAGGCCUGCGAGAGCCUGGCCCAAGCUCCGGCACACCCAAGGCACCUGCUUCUCCGAGCCUCGGGUCCCGGGUCCUGACAUCCUCCCGCUCCCUGCUGGGACCAUCUCCUGGGGGCAGGGUCCUUUUCUUCCCAGGGUCCUCAGCGCUGCCUCUAUGGUGCCUUCUCCCCCACUACUACCCAAGCGUGCCCUUGCUGGGGACAUGGCGGUGCCCUUAGUUGCCCCAGGGCCGGGUGCCCACCAUGGCCCUUCCUGCUUGUCCUACCUCUGCCCUGUAGCCCAUCCGUAAGGCUCUCAGAUGGGACAUUUCAGGAGAGGCUUUGGCCAUAGUCUAGGGGCAGAAAGCAAGCGAGGAGACACAAGCAGACCUCAGGUGGAGUGAGGCUGGGCGGAGCCACCCUGAGGCCUGCCCCCAGCAGGUGAUCAAGGCUCAUCAGGCCUGUUUUCUACCAGUUUAUAUCAGAGUCUUAAUUUUUCAAAGGAACGCUAACUUUGUACGGAUAUCUUAUGGAUUAAAUAAUAUUCUUUAUGGCA